AUGGCGUCUGCUGAUCUGAGACAGGAGCUGGUCUGUUCCAUCUGCCUGAGCAUUUAUACAGAUCCUGUAACCCUGAGAUGUGGCCACAACUUCUGCCGGGUCUGUAUUGAUCGUGUGCUGGAUGCACAGGAGGAGGCUGGAGUUUAUACCUGUCCUGACUGCAGAGCAGAGUGUCAGGAGCGUCCUGCACUGCAGAGGAACAUAACGCUGUGUAACAUAGUGAGGAGCUUCCUGUCUACUCGGCCAGAUCAGGAGGAGACUGGGAUCUUCUGCACUUACUGUGUGGACUCUCCUGUACCUGCUGCUAAAUCCUGUCUGAUGUGUGAGGCUUCUCUGUGUGAUAAACACCUGAGAGUACACAGCAUGUCACCAGAGCACGUCUUAUGUGAUCCCACCACUGCCCUGGGGAACAGGAAAUGCUCCGUCCAUAAGAAGAUCCUGGAGUAUUACUGCACUGAGGACUCUGUCUGUAUCUGUGUGUCCUGCAGGCUGUAUGGAGAACAUCGGGGACACCUGGUGGAGAUGCUGGAUGAGGCCUCUAAGAAGAAGGAGAAGCUGAGGAAUGUUCUUCAGAAACUGACCACAAAGAGAGCGGAGACUGAGAAAAGAGUCCAGAGUCUGCUGGAGCGCAGGAGAGAAGAUCCUGGAAAAGCAGCUGGUGUAAUAGAGACAGUCACUGUCCUGUUUAGAGACAUCAGGAGACAGCUGGAGGACCUGGAGAAGAGAGUCCUGAGUGAGAUCUCCAGGCAGGAACAGCGCGUCUCACUCUCAGUCUCUGAUCUGAUCCAGAAGUUGGAAAUAAAGAAGGACAAGCUGUCCGGGAAGAUGCGUCACAUUGAGGAGCUGUGUAACAUGUCUGAUCCAGUGACUGUCUUACAGGAACCAGACACAGGGGACUUAUGUUAUACUGAGGACACAGAGAGACAUGAUACCCAGGUCCGUGGUGCAGGAGAUCUGUAUGUGGGUCUCAUCUCAGGGACAUUACACACAUUAUCUGAUAUAAUAACAGGGAUAAAUACAGGGAUCUAUGUGCAGGAGGCUACAGACAUAUUACUGGAUGUAACCACAGCUGGUGAUUAUAUACAGAUAUCAGGUGAUAGGAAAACUGCAUCCAGGUCACAUAUAAACCAGAAUCACCCAGUAACACCAGAGAGAUUUCAGUGUGAUCAGGUAAUAAGCAGCAGGGGAUUCUCCUCAGGGCGACAUUACUGGGAGCUGGAUGUCAGUAAGGCAGAGUAUUGGAUGGUGGGGAUGUGUUACCCCAGUAUAGACAGGAGGGGAGGAUAUGAGUCAUACAUUGGGGAUAAUAGCAAGUCCUGGUGUCUGUAUAGGUAUAAUAAUCAGUCCUCAGUGAUACAUGACAGGAUAGAUAUCCGGUUACCUGACAAUAUCCCCUGUGACAGAGUGAGGGUAUAUCUGGAUUAUGAGGCAGGACAGCUGUCCUUUUAUUCUCUGUGUGACCCCAUCAGACACUUACACACCUACACUGCCGCCCUCACUGAGCCCCUCCAUGCUGCAUUAUGUGUAGGAGCCGGGUGUAUAACUAUAUGUGGGGGAGUCAGGAGCUGGGAGUAAUUACCAUAAAGAAUCUGCCCAGAGACUGGUGACAUCACAGGGAAGGGUAUAGUAUUAGGGGAACGUUUAGACAAUAGAAUGAUGUAUUGGGUGGAGUUACAGCUGAGCCCCUCCCCCUGUGUAACCAUGUGACCAGGGUGUGGAUAUUCCCAUGUUGGUGUGUUAUGCUGGGUACACACUGACAGACAUAUCACCCACCCAGCUGUGAUGUCACCACCGACAUAUCUAACGGCCAAUUGGUCAGUCAGUAUACUGUAGCUUACCUUAUUGGAUGCUCUGUCGGUGCGAUGGUGUGUCGGCAGACAUGUUGCUGAGGUGUGUACCCAGCCAUAGAGACUGUCAUUAUAAAUAUAUACAUCUCUGUGGGAUUUCUCCACCUCUGACUCACUGACAGCUGUGAUUGGCUGCAAUAUCUGUCUGUCAGCCAGUCAGUGCUACGCUUGCUCCUAUUGGCUGUAUUGGGAUGAUGUCUCCUCCUACUGGUAAUUGUAAUCCAAAGCUAUGGGCCUGAUCCAUGUAUGUAUAUGUAGCCCCAGGAAAGGGUUAAUCCUAAAAUAAAUACAUAUAUGUCCAA